AUGCAAGAAAACGCGGCAAAGCUCUACCCGACUCCGGAGACAUCGGCCAAGGUGCUGAACUGUGAGUUCGCCGAUUGGACGCACAUGCAACCAUCAAAACCUUUCGGCCUGAUCUUCCUUGACGCGAACAAGGACGCGUACCCCAAGUAUCUGGACCUGAUCCUCUCCAAAUCCCAGCCGGAAAGCCGGAAUCGCCAGCUCAAGCCCGGCGGGAUCAUCGUGGCGGACAACGUGCUUGGGCAGGCCAUCGUGGCCGAUGUGACGGCGACAAACCCGCACUACGCAGAAGCCGUGGCACGCCUGGGCGAGAAGCGUGCCCGGGAGUUCAACAACGAGGCGCUGCACCAGUUCAACGACAAGCUCGUGGCCGAGCCGUGGCUUGAGGCGUUCCUGGUCCCGCUGUUUGAGGGGCUGGGCUUGAAUAGGCGAUUGACUGAGUCUGAUGGGAUCAGAGAGUGGGCUGGGCAAAGGCAAGGCAGGCAGGUAGGUCACUUACUUGAGAAGUGA